UAAGAUAUAGUAUUUUUCUGGGCUCUCCGACUCUUACUUAAAUAUAUUAAAGUGGCUCACGUGAGGUUGGGCCAAUGCUCCUCGCGAUAAUGGCGUCCAGAAGCCUCAUCCGCCGCUCGGCGCGUCUCGCCACUGCCGUCACUAGCAAGCGCACUGUCGCCCACGCUGCCUCCGUGUCUGCGAUCCGCCAGAGCUUCCAGACCACUCCUCGAAUCCGUCUACACAGCACGCAGAUAACUGCUGCCAGCGAGGAAUCGCCCAAAACGGAGCCUCAGGUAGACCCGGAGCAGCUUAUUCUUGCCAAGGCAAUGGGCCACGUGGUGGCUCACGGGUGCGUUGGUUUGCAGCGCUUUCAAUUGCUUUAGAAGCUGCGAUAUACUAGGUUAAUGUUCUGGAAUGUUCAUUGUUAUGUUGAAAAGAUGGACCAUCGAGGCUCUGGCAGCUGGCGCCACCGACCUUGGCUACCCGUCGGUAGCCCAUGGCAUGUUCUCGCGUGGGGCUGUAGAGCUGGUGGAGUAUUUCAUGGACUCGUGCCUCGCCAAGCUGCGUGAAACGCUGAUUGUCAACACGGAGAAGCUGCAGGCCAUGACAGUGGCUGAACGGCUCAAAUUCGGCGUCCGUGCGCGUCUGGAGAUGCUGGAGCCUGUUUUGGCUACAUGGCCACAGGGUAUGGCGAUUGGUGCUUUGCCACAAAACGCGCCUAGCACCGCAAAGAGACUGGCAAUGCUCUCGGAUGAGAUCUGGUACUUCGCCGGCGACAAGUCCACGGAUUUAUCCUGGUACACCAAGCGUGCCAUCCUGACGGGCAUCUACGCCAGCACGGAGUUGUUCAUGCUGAACGACAAGUCGCCCAACUUCCAGGACACGUGGGCAUUCUUGGACCGCCGUGUGGACGAGACGAUCCAACUCGGAGAGCUACCCCAGAACUUGAACGAUGUGGCUGGAAUGGCCAGUAUUGGACUGCAGUCGGUGUUUUCAGCUGUGACAUCGCUCGCGGGACCUCUGGCUGGCCAGAUCAUUUCUAACUCGCCUCUGAGCCAAGUUCCGAAUCCGAUUUCAGCUGUGGGGAGUGUGGUUCCUCCCUCGGUUGUAUCGGCUGUUGCGUCUGGGAUGCCGUUUAACAGCCCUGCUUCCGCGGGCUCGGCUGGACAUGAUGCUAUGGCUUUUAAGUCAAAGGACCUGGACGAGAUUAACGCUGAGCUGGAGAAACUUGGUGGAGCGGACGCGAGCGAACGACGAAGUUAGAGCAUCAGGACAGCUUGGCUUCCGAGAAAAUAACCCUUUAGCGCCAGAAGGAAAUGAACUUUGCUUGCUAGCAAAAGCAGAUAAAAAAAGAUAAAGACCAUACAGCAGGUAUUUCUUGAACUGAAA